AUUUGAAUAAAUAUGUUAGCUGGUCGGGGAGGAGUUUUAGCUAGCAUUGGUCACAGACGUCGGAAUAAAUACAAGAAGCCAGAAGCAGAGGAUGUGCUUGAAUAUCCUGAGCUUAUCAGUGUCCAAGAAGAUGACAAAAUGGUCUUCAAAAAGCGCCCAAUUCUUAUAUGGUGCUUUUCACUGUUUUGCUUCAUUGUAGGCUUCUUCAUGCUCUAUCACUUCACAUUCGGCAGCUUUGUCAUGCACUUUGAUGUUGUUGAGCAAGAUGGCUACAGAAUCGGGUAUUGGUGGGAAUACCUAGCCGCUUCCAUCAUAAUUGGACUUGGCAUUCUCUUCCUCUCAGUAGCUGUCAUUGAGAAAGUAGAGUUUAACAACAGACUUGGAUAUUUAAAAAUCGAGAAAAGGGUCCUUUUCUUCGCAAUGUCAAAGCGGACCUACUUUUUGUCUGAAAUUAAGAGUAUCAAAGUCGUAAAACGAGGGAUGAAAUCUAAAAACAACAAUACGAUUCAUUAUAAUGUUUACAUCGAGUUCACAGAGAGGAACCCUGUUCGGAUCCUUGAGGACUACUCUAUUAGAAAAAGCAAGGUGCUCGUCCUCGCUCUUCGAAAAUUCCUUCGGAUGCAGAACGCUGAUUAUGAUAAAAUCGAAGUGGUUGAUAAAUCAGAGUGGAUGUAAGCUAAAUUUAUACCCAAUUCAAUUAUUUAAC